UCUUAAAGUGUUAUUUUAUCAGAAAUUAUCAGAGGUAAACUUACAGCUGCUAUAGAAUCCUGCUUCACCAAAGCGGAGAAACCAGGUUCAAAUCCAAAAAAGAAAAUCGACCCAGCUAUAAGCAUGGUUUUGGGUGAUUACCAGCUACCAUUUAGAUACUAGGUAGGCUACCAGCCAUGUUCCAAAACAGACUGAGCUAAUCAAUCCAUCUGGUUUGUCCGAUAACAUCACACGCCACUGCGCCAGGUUUCCUCCUCUGAGUUUGCCUACUUCCAAAAAAUUAAAGCGCGAACUAAUGAGGAAUAAGAUUUACUUUCACGACGAAAGCAAUGGAUCUUAAAUAUAAUAAUAAAAUUAAUAAUAAUAGUAAUAUGCCUACAAGAAAAAAAUCUCCUCCGUCAGCAUUAGGUCGUAGAGAUGUGUUUCUGUUCGUAUGCGCCCUAGUGGUUGGGAUAUUGCUUUCGACAAUCAAUUUUUCUGAACCUGAUCCUUUAUUGCCUUUUGAUCCUAAAUGUUUGAAGGCAGAUUUAAGAAAAUCUCUCUUUGGGCAGCACAUUGUGUCUAAAGUUGUACUAAAAGCUGUAACAUCAUUUAUGACUGACAGCAAACCAAACAAACCGCUGGUCCUCUCUUUCCAUGGGACUACAGGAGUUGGAAAAAACCAUAUUACUAAAAUAAUUGCAAGAAAUGUGUACAAAAAAGGGGAAAACUGCAAACAUGUUCACACAUUUAUAUCUGAGCAUCAUUUCCCACACAAAGAGAAGUCAGAUCUAUACAGCGCACAGCUAAAGCAGUGGAUUCAUGGAAAUGUAUCAAGUUUUCCCCGCUCUAUGUUCAUAUUUGAUGAAAUGGACAAGAUGCAUCCACAGCUAAUUGAUGUCAUUAAACCUUUUCUAGACUACAAUGCUCGUGUAGACGGAGUGUCAUUCCACAAUGCAAUCUUUGUUUUUCUCAGUAAUGCAGGUGGGAAGGUGAUUGCUGAAGUGGCUCUGGAUUUCUGGAGAGAAGGCAAAGAUCGGGAAAAGCUAUGGUUGAACAGCAAGGAACUGGAGACUAAAAUCUCCCAAAACAUCUUCAGUGAUAAGAACAGUGGAUUUCUGCACUCCAGUCUAAUAAAUCAUCAUCUGAUUGAUCACUAUGUUCCCUUCCUUCCUCUGGAGCUGAAGCAUGUGCGCAAGUGUGUCCUGGCUGAGAUGGUCCAUCUGAAUAUGAUCCAAGACUUUGAUCUGGCAGAUGAGGUGGCCAGAGAAAUGCCUUACUUUCCUGAAGAAGAGAGAAUCUUUGCUGUUAAAGGAUGCAAGUCUGUCAGACAGAAACUGGAACUGUAUGAUGAUGACAGCGGUGAAUUCACUGAUUACUGAAAACAUAGAAGACCAAUUUUCCAUAUUAAAAAAUCCUUAAAAUAGUGUAAAUAAAAUGACUUCAGAAGCAAUACUGAAUAAAAUAUUAAGACUUGUUAACAUAGAAUGUGUGUUUAAUACAAGUGUAUUUUGUCUUGCACUGGCAGAUCAUUUCAUACAAAUAUAUAAUGCCUAAAAAUGUAAAAGAUGCAGAUACACAAUAAUCUAUUUUGAGCACAAAAAAGUGUCUAUUUUUCAGAUGUUGAUUUAGAGAUUGUUAACAUGCAUUCUUGCAUUCUGUCUGGGUGUCUUUUUGUGUUUUGUUUUUAUUUGUUGGUCUGACUAAAACUUUCACCUAUUUGAACUUCAAGUUCAAUUGCUGCCUUAAAUUUAAAAUAAAGUGUUUCAACUCAUUUUAUAUGUUGACUAGCAUUGGAUUGCUCUCUGUAAAUAACUUACAGUAUGUUUCAAGUAACUUACAGUAUGUUUCAACUUAGCAAAGUGUGUACAAAAAACUAUUUUAAUAUGAAAUUUUUUUAUGAAUUGCUGCAUUCUGUUCACUUGUCCUGAACGUGGUCUCAAAUAACAUAUUUAACCCUCAUAUGGUCUUUGGGGUCCGUUUGGACCGCAUUUGAU